AUGAUUUUCCUUCUCAGCCCAGAGUCCUUCCUCAAUAGACUGACUGGGAAGCCUGUGAUGGUGAAGCUGAAGUCAGGGGUGGUGGUGGAAUACAAGGGCUACCUUGUGUCUGUUGAUGGCUACAUGAACGCGCAGCUUGCAGAAGAAUAUAUUGAUGGUCCGUUAUCUGGACCCCUUGGUGAUGUUCUGAUAAGGGGUAAUAAUGUCCUUUAUAUAAGAGGUGUGGAGGAGGAAGAGGAAGACAUAGAAAUAAGAGAAUAAACUAAUUUUUUUAAAACAUUUUUAAAGGUGCUCAGUCUUU